UUAAUAGGGUAGUUCGGUCGCCUUCCGUUGACAUUUGAUAAUACACCGCGAAAGUAUUCACACAGGUGAGCAGCGAUCGAGUGUGCGCGAUCGCUUUGUGUUCCGGUCGGGCUGAAAUUCACCGUAUAUUGUGCUUGUGCUGCGUUCCAAGUUUUGGGCCAGUUCCGCGUCGGGAAUAACCGAAAGCUUGCUCCCAGGUCGGGAAGCUGUUGCGUGUGGUUUUGCAGCCGUGCAGUGAAACCCGUAUUCUCUCGAGACCGAACGAGAAACAGAGUUGGUACGAAAGCAUUUAGGUCGGGACGGAACGUCCAACACGUGACUGGAAUACGAACUGCCGAAUUACGUGCUCCAAGAUUUGGGGUUGAUAUUUCUGCGCAAACAACAUUUGCACGGAACCCGAACGGCAUUCAAGAUUCGCUUGCUUUGCGUUAGCCGCGCCAGUAAGGUUAAUCGUUACACUCGUACAAAUGUGCAUCGUGGAGGUGAAAGUGUUCCAAUAGUGGUCAACCCGUCUUAUCGCCAGAGAUACGAUAGAAUACAAUAGAGCAGUGCCGGUGAAGGUGUAUUAUUUUUCGCCUGUAUACGAUUAAGGAUACAGGAAACCAUCCUUCCAAACAUUCAUUGAUCGUUGAAUUAUACGCUGUACGUUUGAGUGGUUGGAGAAAUAUUCAAUUUCCUCCCGAAUAAGCUGCCACACGUCUGAAUUCUCAAGCAUUUGCGGGACCCUGCCAUACCCAAAAUACUCAUCGAACGUUUGCCAGCAGCUCUCGGAAUCGUGCACGAAGAAGAUACAGCGAAAGGAAAACGAUGUUUAAGCCUACCUUGCCGUUAAUUUGCGGAGCUCUCCUGCUGCUGCUGUCGGCAGCAUCCGCAGUCAUCAACAACAAUGCAAAUCAAUCGAACCAGGAAGCCCAACGCAGGGAAGCACCGCUAGCGGAUUCGUACGGUCCUCCUCCAGCGACCGGUCCCGAACUGCCAGCGCCAGUCUAUGGAGCUCCUGCCGCUGCUCACUACCCGCCACCACCACCAGAUGUACCUCCGCCAGCUCCGGUCCUACCGUCGGUCCAAGUCCCUCACAAGGAAUACGGAGUUCCGGUUCAAAACUACGGCCCACCUAAUGUCAACAUCGAGUACGGACCUCCACCUGUCCCCGCUUCGAAGCCCGUCUAUCACUCAUACCCCAAACCACCUCAAUACCAUGGACCGCCACCGUCGCAUCACAAAAAAUCUUCCUCGUUCUUAGAACAGCUGUUCUCUACAUUUGGAUUUGGCGGAAGCAAUGACGAUCAUCACCAUCACCACGCUCCGAAGCCUUCCUAUGGCCCUCCACCGCACCCAGCACCUGUCUAUGGACCACCUCUAAAGCCUGUCUACGGACCACCGCCUGCUGCCCUUGCUCCACAACCAGUUUAUGGCCCGCCAAUUCACCAGGCUCCACCCAAACCCCAUUACGGUCCACCCAAACCAGCCUACGGUCCACCGCUGCAGUCUGGCUUCGCCGUACAGUCAGCGUCUUUCGGCCAUCAAUCGAGUACCUUCGGACACCAUCCGGCCUCACCGGUCCAUGCUCCCCCAACUCCACCAGAGAUCAAGUGCGACGGAUGGAAACCUAUUGCCGGACCCGUCGUUCAGCCCGAAGUACAUGCGCCAGAAUCAUCGUAUGGACCACCGCCAAGUGGAGACUUUUUGGGCUCUCAUCAUCAGCUAGAAUCCGGUGGCGUAAGCGUGAGCUCUAGUGACAUAGGCCUACAGCUACCCAAGCUGGAACACGGACCUGUCUUCAACGCCCACUCGGAGCACCAUUCCGAGCUGGAACUGUCCAAGGGUAACAACUAUGAGGUUCACUCGAACUUUAUCAGCGACUCUUACGGAGCACCCCCUUCGGAUUCCUUCUUACCCGGCAAAUACAAACCCUCGUUCGCUAAACCAUUAGCUCCCCCGCCACCACCACCGCCCCAGAAACUCCACUUCCCGCCAUCUCCACACUACGGACCGCCGCUACGCCAUCCCGGUCUUGGCAUUUCGCACGGUAGCAUCAGCGGAAAUCUGAAGCCAUGGCCAGUUUCGGGAUCGCCGCCCCGCCAUCCCAUCGCCUACCGCCCUCCGGUGCCACAGGGAUUGAUCGAAUCCAUCGGUCAUGCCGUUGAGCAUCAGGAAAACUUCGGAACUAAACCGUCCUACUCCGGUGACGUCUAUUUGCCGCCUCCAACACGCGACGUAGCGCACUCGGGACCAUCGAGCCUGGAGUUGAAUGUGCUACCUUCCGAGCAGCCCGCUCAACCGUUCCUUACCCAACAUCAGCUGCCCGAGCCACAGACGUACGUCCAGGAACCACGGUACCAAUCGCACGAUGUAGUGUCUGUAUCCAGUGACUGCGGUCAUGGUCCAACCUCCGUGGACGUGCAGCAGUCGAUCCAAACCAAUCAGCUUUCCAUCGUUGGACCGUCGGCAACGGCCAGCUAUUCAGCCGAUUACAGCAACGGCCACAGCCUCCAGGAGCACUACGAUGGGGCUAGCUCCACCAGACACGUGCAAACAUCCAGCCUACCCGGGCUCGACGGUGGUAUCGGUGGACUGGAGCUUAUUUCUGCGCAGAAAUCCCAAAGCCUCACCAUCCCGGUGCAGGGUCAGCGUGGCUCGUAUCAGCUGCAGUUCCAGUCAGCCGACCCGCAAGGCUCCGGUUCCGCUCCUCACGAACAGAUCCUCUCCGAGGGUCUGCUGCAAUCGAUCUUGAGUGCUAUCGAACAGCCUCAGCAGCAUCGAGCGACGGAAGACCAGGAAUCAUACGAUCCCAACAUCGAUCACAGCGAGGUGUCGGUGUUUUUGAAGAGCCCAGAGGGCCAGAAAACUCUACAAGACCAUCCCAACGGGCACAUAGGGCACAAGCGAUGAGCUAGCAAGACAAGCACGAAUCGAAACUCCCCGACUCCCCCAAAUCACCUCCGUUGCUUAACUUAUUUCAUCCCCUAAACCAUCCUUCUAAGUGAUCGCCUUUGUUGUCGAUGCUUUCCCUCAUUCCGAUCUCUCUCGCACUCACUCUCUCUUUCUCUCUCUCAUCUCAGGUGAGAGAGAACUGCUUGAACAAGUCUAUCGAGCAAGCAUGAGAAACAAUUGUCCAUUGAUUUUGGUAAGAAGCUGAUUGGAUCUGCUACUAGAGUGAGUUUUUGAGAUAAACAGAGAAGUAAUCGGCAGCACAAGGCGAUGUGCGUUGUAAUUAAGUAUUUAAUUAUUUCAUCUGCCGUCGAAACAACGCCGUACGUCUUUUUUGUGUAAGAGUCGUACGGAUGAGUUUCCCCGUUCCGAGCAGACGAUUGAGUGUGCCUGUGUGUGAAUGUGUGUACGUAUGUAUAUGAUAAACUGUAAUGAGCGUAUGCUAAGUAGGUGCGAGCAAAAUGUAAACUACUUGGAAAAAUAAAAGCAUAAAUUUCCCGGGAA